ACCAAAAAGCGAAAUUUCGACUUUUAACCACCACAAUCAAGAACCCGCACUAGAAGUAAUUGCUACGGUUUUUUCCCUCACUAUCGACCCUAAAUCUCACAGACCCAAAACCGAAUUUCUCAAGAACUCAAAUUUCCCAGAACAAAAGCUAGAAUUGGAGUUUGAUAGAUAAAUCUGUGGAGAAAAUAAUGAAAGGGGUGAAAGGUCAUCAAGAAGAGGAAGAAGAGGAGGAAGAUGAGAUUGGUUUAAAGAAAGAUGCCACUCCACCUUCUAGUAGCAAUACUAAAGAUGGGAAGAAUAAUGAUAAGGCAAGUGCAAUAAGGUCCAAGCAUUCAGUCACAGAGCAGCGUCGAAGGAGCAAGAUCAACGAGAGAUUUCAGAUAUUGAGAGAUCUGAUACCCCAUACAGAUCAAAAGCGGGAUACUGCAUCAUUCUUGUUGGAGGUAAUUCAAUACGUACAGUACUUACAGGAGAAGGUACAAAAGCAUGAAGGAUCAUAUCAACCUUGGAGCUCAGAGCCUACAAAACUUAUGCCAUGGAGAAACAGUCAUUGGCGCAUGCAAAAUUUACCAGCUCACCCACAAGCCUUGAAGAAUGGUAGUGGCCCAGAAUCAACAUAUCUGGGAGGGUUUGAUGAGAAUCCUGCAACUGUUACUUCGACAGUGCAACCAAAUCAGCAGAAUCUGAUUGAAUCUCAUCCUAUCAGAGAUGUAUCAAUUAAAGCAAUGGAUCAACAUAACGAUCUAGCUAACAAGGCAAUUGCAACACAUAUGCCGCUUCAGGCAGGUAUGCAGGUGGCCGUGCCAAAUAAUAGUGCCUUCUCAGACUCGCAACCUAGACCAGUGUCUGAUCAAUGUCCCAACACAAUUGAUGCUCUGAAUCAUCACGAGGAUCUGACAAUAGAUGGAGGCACAAUCAGCAUUUCAAGUCCUUACUCGCAGGGGUUACUAAAUUCAUUGACACAAGCAUUGGAGAAUACCGGUCUUGAUCUUUCUCAGGCCACUAUCUCUGUGCAAAUUAAUUUUGGGAAGCGGGCAGACAGAGGGAUGACUUCAGGACCAUCAAUUGCGAAGGAUAACGAGAAUCCUCCACCCUCUAGUAAUCAACAUAUGGAUCAUUUCCGGGAGGCAAGCAAUGAUGAAGAUUUGGACCAAGCUCAAAAGAGGCUGAAGAUAUAGAUAUGAUAAUAGCAUGGUCAUAUCCAGCUAAAUCAACUUAGUUUUUUGUGUCAUCUUAUGGUUCAAAAGAAAGUCGAUAUGUAUAUCCCAUUCGCUUGAGUCAUGUUUAUAGCAAUGCGUCCUUUUGAUAUCUCUUCCUUUUUUCAUUUUUAAUGUUUGUUUUUUCUUUUUUCUUUUUUUCUGGGUGAUAUCAUCUUGCGCCUGCUUCUUAACCUCGCGAUAUUCUGAUUUGUCAGAGGUUAAUAAUUGAUAUGUAAAAGAGUAUGCAGUUAUUUAUGUUAUGCUGUAAAUCUCUUUUUCGGCUUCAC